AGCCAGUGUUGAAUUUAAAAUAUUUUCACUUAAUUUGAAAAAAGCCGAGAGAAAUAAAAAUACAAUUAAAUACGAUUUCGAAUUCCCUGGUGACAGUUGGCCACAGACGAACAAGUGCUUGUGUUGUUAAUUUAUAGAUAUGCGAGUGGCCGUGUGUGCUUUUGGUUAAUGGAGAACGUAUAAGUAGGCAAAAUAAUGAACCCACAACAAACAAGAAGCUACGAAUCGAACCCAUCGAGUCUAAUGUGAGCAACUGAGCCCAACGAAACAAAGAGGAAAUCGACGAGGAAGAACGAAACCCCCGGAAGGUGGCCUAAUUACUGAGAUUUUAUACAGAUAGUUUGUAGCAGAACCAACUCUAUAAAAUGGGUUUCAUAGCGGAGCGCAAGCCGCGAGUCAACAAGACGUUGAUAUCGCUCAAGGUUGUCGUGUUCUUUGUCAUCACCGGUCUCGCAGCCUUGCAUGUUCUGCAUGCCACAAAGCCGCUGUUGCUGGGUCUGAACUUCUCGGAAUACCGCACCAUCACCAUCCUAGCGCCAUUUGUGUCCAUUUUGGGUCCCCUGAUCGCCGGUCCCUGGGCUGAUCGUCUGGCAGCCAAGAACCCCAAUACCUUUGGACGCACUCUGCGAGUACUGACUGCCGUUUUCCUGCUGAUCGCCGCCUUUAUUUACGCCUUCUUGUUGGCCGUACCGGAUGUCAGCCGGCGGGGAGAGGUCCGGGAGCCACUGGUCAGCUUUGGCUGCGAUGAGACCGGAGGAUUCCUGUUCCAGGAGCGCUGUGGCACGAACUCCAGUUGCAGCAGGUGGGACCAGAAGGAGGGCAAAAUCAACCUGACGCGCUGCACCUACAGCUGCCAGAACCCCAAGCUGUACGAGCCCCUUUACGUGGCCUGGCUGGCAGAGGUUCCCACACUGGCCCCCAUCACGGAGCAGAGUGCGGAUUUCGAAUAUGAGGAUGAGGGCAGCACCGCGGUCACAGAAAGUCUGCGCACUAGGAGGGACGUGGACGGCUCCGACCCAGCGGACAGUGCUGGUGUGGAGGCCAUCAGUGGUGAGGAGGCCCCUGCCCACCGGUCCAUCAGGCAGGUCAAGAAGCCCCCCACCAAGGUGUACGUCCAGCCGCCGCAUGUCUGCCUCACCCAGCUCAACCAGAAUGGCGAGGAUGUGGUGAAGCACUGUCACGCCUACACCGAGGACACCACCAGCGUGGUGAUGGACGCCCUCAUGGGCUCGGCGAUCAGCCAGGAGGAGCACUACGACGACUACGAGGGAUGGUGCCAGUAUCCGCUGGAGGGCUUCCAGUGCCACAUCCCCGCUGAGCAGGCGAAGUACAUGAAGGACUUCAAGGAGUACAAGCAGAACGACGGCAACUGCAAGCCCAUGAUCGAGUGUCAGGUGGUGAAUCCCUACCACGAGCAGAGUGUGCUCUCAGACAGCGAGUGUACCAAUAUCACUGGCAGUGCGCAGGAGACCUUUGUGGGUUACACGACCAUUCGUCUGCUUGGAGACAUUUUCCCCAUGGCGGCACUGACCCUCCUGAACACGGCCAUCGUGAUCGCGGUUCGGGAGACCUCCGAAGGAAGGGGCGAGGUGUGCCGCCAGUACGUUUGGGGUGCCAUUGGCUACGUGGUACUCUUCUCGCCUUUGGAUGUGUUCUUCUUCCAGGGUGGACCAAAUCCAGAUGCUGCCCUUGUUGCACUCAUUGUAUUCAUUGUAUGCUUCGUCUUGGGUGCCGUGGUGCUGCUCUGUGCCAGCCAGAUGCCACUGAGUCCUCCGGAAUGGUGGUGGCACACCAAGACCGGAAUGCUGGUGGUUCCCAUGUCGGCGAUUCGGCGCUACAGUCCCGAGAUCGUCGUGCUCACCCUGGUCUCCAUUCUGUUCGGCACCUUCUGGAGCAGUAUUCACAGCUUCUUGCCCUGGACCUUCACCGAUGCGAACGCCGUGUGCUAUGCGGGCCUGAUCCUCAUCCUGGUUCUGUUCUUCAACGUGGACAAGUUCAUCGAGUACUGUGGCCACUCGAAUAUCUUCAUCUUUGGCCUGGCCAUCUAUGUCAUUCGGUUCAGUGCGUUGAGUGAUCCUAGCGCUAAUUGGCUGAUAGUCGUCACGGAGGUCAUAGAGCCAGCUGUGAUUGGUCUGCUUUGGAUCACGAUCAUCCUGUACAUGCGUCAUGCCAUGCCCAGGAAACUGACAGCCACGGGGCAGGCUCUCGCUGUGUUGGCCUUCUUUGGCUUGGGCAAGGGCUUUGGCGCUCUGAUUGGCUUGGCUCGCAGUGAGGGGCACCCUGAGCUGAAGGCCUGGACGUGCACCUACCAAUGGCUGGCCGUCGUGGCCUGCGUUGUGGCCUUGGUAUACUUCGGUAUCUACAAUUUGAUCCUUGCCCCACGGUGCACCGCCAAGCCGCAGCACUCCGAGGAGCUGAUCUCCGGAUCCGCAUCCCAGAACUUUGGCAACACGGGAACCGGAAACGGUGCUGGCAAUGGCAAUGGCACAGGAAACGGAAACGGAGCUGGAGCGUCACUUAACGGAAACGGAAAUGGAAGCUACUCGCCGCUGAGGGUUUACCACAACGAGAGGGGGAAGAAGGGGCAAUUCAGAUACUAAGCCGCAGAGAUUACUGGAUAAUUUACUCUUUGCAUGGAUCACCAAUGCUCCGCCUCCCUCAAAACGAGUGCGAAUGAUAUUCUUAGGUUUUAAAUGUGUACACCACGCCUCAUUAUCCUCCACCUACCGCCCCCGCCCGCCUGAGGGCAACACUGCUAAUAGUUUGUAAUGCGUAUUUUUGCUAAGUGUAUACACCAGGAGGAAGAACAACAAAAGAGUGGAAGAGCAAUCGAAAACAAAAAGAUGACCUUUUUUAUAAAUCGCAUGUAGAACUUAUUUUAUUUGUUAUUUAAUGCCAACUAAGCGAGUUCAUAAUUUUAAUUAAAUCGCAUCGGGGUAAGCUGACAGAAAAAAGUCCCGACAAAAGCAUCAACUGCCCGAAUUUAAUUGCAACAAUAGCCAUGGAUACAGAUACAGCAAAAGCAAUAACGACCUCCCAGACGAGCACGUCGUUCUCUUUACAGCGUUACAAAAAUGAAGGCAUCAAUUUUUAAUGAAACAUUUGCGUGAUUUUACUAAGCAUAAUAUAUGAUGCACUACGAGCAUAUAAAUGUAACAAUAAAACAGAAAAUGUAAUUAUACACAAAUAUAAUUAAUGGUAAUUAAAUGUUUUCAAAUUAAGCGUAAUAA